AUGAGUGGAAUGGGUUACGGUAUGUUAUAUGUUAAUGGUGUAAACGUUGAUCCUUCACGUCGUCUAGAUCCUGGGUGGACAACAUAUACGCAACGUGUUCUGUACGUUUCGUAUGAUAUUACUGAAUUUUUGAAAGGUCAAUCAACUAACUGCAUCGGUGUACGAUUAGGACUUGGAUUUUAUACGCAUGAACAAUGGGGUGGUGGAGUUCCUGCACCGGCUCCAGAAGUAUUUGGUCCACCGCCAAGACUACUUUUACAAGUUAAUAUUGUACUUAGCGACCAUACAACGAUGAAUAUUAGCUCCGACAUAUCAUGGCUUGGUCGUGAAGGUGCCCAUCGUAAAGAUAGUAUCUAUAUGGGAACAAUUUAUGAUACUCGCGCUGAACGAUACAACUGGUCAACUGCUGGUUUCACUGAUCCUUACAGUUUAUGGCUGAAUGCCUCUCUAAUUGAAUCGCCAUUGACUUCACCAACCGGUCAGUUAACAUAUCAGUCUAUGGAUCCAAUACGAAUUAGCCCAUAUGCCUUGCACAUUGCUACCUCAGCUUCACAAACUGGUUACAAGUCAAUGCCAUCAGGUGUUAUUGGUGGUAAUAUAAUGGAUGGUGGUGUGUUUAAUGCUACACCUUUAGCGAACCAACAAGUUCCGACAUAUGACAUUUCACAAAAUAUUGCUGGAUACUGCACAUUAACAAUUACAGGUAGAAAAGGAAUGACUGUAUCAACACGACAUGCAGAAUUACUAAAUGCACCAGGUGUAGAUGGAAUUACAUAUCAAGGACUGAACUCUGCUAAUUAUCAAAUUAUAUCUGCAUCCGAUGAUUUUAUUAUUCAAGGUAAUCCACAUGAAGUACUGGCACCUCUGUUUACUUAUCAUGGCUUCCGUUAUAUCUCAAUAUAUGCUAACUACAUUAAUAUCGAGUCAGUCGUUUGCGCAGCAAUACACAGUGAAACAACUCUGAUCGGUAAUUUUACUUCAUCAUCACUCGUACUCAAUCAAAUUCAACAUAAUACUCUGUGGUCACAACUGAGCAAUAUAAUGUCGAUUCUAACAGACUGUAGUCAACGACAGGAGCGACGAGGAUGGCUUGGUGAUGCAGCUCUGUCAGUUGAUGCUGCAUUAUUCAACUUUGAUUUGUAUGGAUUAUAUGUGAAUUUUCUACGAAAUAUUGCAGAUGUUCAGCAUGAAGAUGGAUCGAUUCCUGAUACAGCACCAUACUCCGUCGGUGGAUAUGUAGCAGAUCCAUCAUGGGCACAUGCUUAUCCAGAAAUAACUUGGCGUAUUUAUCAACAUUACAAUGAUACAAUCAUUGUAAAACAACACUAUGCUGGAAUUCAAGCAUGGGUAGAUUAUUUGACUAGUCGUGCACAACAAAGUGGUUUAGGGAAUAUGUAUUUCGCUUACGGCGAUUGGGAAACACCAGCUCAUUAUCCUGUAACGAAUAGUUCAUUGGUCUCAGCAUUUUCAUAUUUAAGUGAUGUACAAAUAAUGAUAAUUCUGUCAAAAAUUCUAAAUAAUCAGACGAAUGUUGACAAAUAUAGCAAAUUGUAUGAUCAAUUGGCAAUAGAAUUCCAUGAAACAUUUUACAAUCCGCUCGUCAAUGGAUAUGCAGAAGGACAUCAGACGGCGAAUGCACUCGCAUUGAAACUACCCAAUGUUGUACCUAUAGAUCUUCGUGCAUCGGUCAUCAAAGCUCUUGUUAAUGAUAUUACUGCUAAUGACAAUCAUUUGACAACUGGUAUUAUAGGAACGGCUGCACUAUUUCCAGUUUUGUCUGAUGCCGGCUAUCAUGAUUUAGCGGUGACAGUGGCGACUCAAACAACUUAUCCAUCUUUCGGAUUUAUGUUCAAUAAUGAUGUACAGAAUGCCACAACAAACUGGGAAACGUUUCAUGCUUUAUUAAAAGGCUUUGGUGGUACAGAUAGUCUAAACCAUCAUAUGUUUAAUAGUAUUGGUGCUUGGUUCUAUCGAUACUUGGCCGGAGUACAAUUGGAUGGUUUUGUCGAAGAUCUUAUUAUUCAUCCACGAUUGACUCGACAAUUGAUGAAUAUAGAAGCCGAACUUCCUACUUUGAAUCUUUUACAAUCAGAUCAAUCAGCAUUAACUGUUGAUCAAUGGAAUCUACUCUCAAAUCUAUCAAAUUGUUAUGAUGAAUAUAGUGGACUAUCAAUUGGUGAACAUUUCAUGCUUGAACAAAGUGUUUUACCAUUUAAAUUUCGUUUUAAACAAGAACCAAUACUGAACUUUGUUGGAAUGGUAUUAGAUAAAAGUCAAUCAUUAUAUACAAACAAUCAAAACUUUCUCUCCUUGUCUGAGGAUGAUCGUUCGCUUUUACUUCAUAAUUUAUUUAAACAUACGGGAAAUCUUUGUACGCAUUUUAUCGGUUAUAAAAUUCAUUUAUUUGAUUGUCCUGCUUACUUCAAUACUCUUGAAAUGAUUACUCAUCCAAGUGUAUUACCUGCUGCUAAACGUAUAGCAAAGCGACUUGAUUUUGAUAUGAUCAUAAUGAAAUUAUUUCUUGCUAUUCUUUCAUUUUCAACAACUCGCUAUACAGUCUAUUCAAAUACCUCGCUAGUUAAUUGA